GUUUCUCUUACCUUGAUAAUGAAAGGCGUGGUAGUGGCGACUGUUUACGGAAAUUACCGACCCGACCCGACGGGAGCGUUCGGGAGGUCAGAAGGGGGUCAUGACGAAGUAAACAGAAAAAUGGGAGGGAACAAAUAUUACACUGGAUGGUUUAUUUUCCGGUGAUCUCAUCUGCGGUUAGGAUCGGUGGCAGGGAUGGCGGGUCCACAGGAAGGCAUGUUACACGCGGCCAUGGGGCUCGUCAAGGAAGCCAUUCAGCUAGAUUCCUUGGACAAAACUCAGGAUGCCUACAUACAAUACCUGGAAAGUGUGGCUUACAUCUCGCAAGGCCUUCUUACAGAGGCAAAAGAUCACACAGCAGGACCAGCUAAUGCCAAGAACACCAAACGACUGCUACAGCUUGCACAGCAGUGUGUAGAGAGAGCCUUGACUGUGGCUGACAGGAUGCAAGAAGGUGCACCUGCAUUGCCAACAGCUGGAGACAACUCCCUGCAGGCUACACCUGUAAUGGGAACAUCUGCAGCACCUGACAACCAGUCCCUGCCACCUGCAACACCUGGCAACCAUUCCCUGCCACCUGCAACACCUGGCAACCAGUCCCUGCCACUGGCAGCACCUGGCAACCAGGCUCUACCACCUGCAGCACCUGGCAACCAGUCCCUGCCACCUGCAGCACCUGGAAACCAGUCCCUGCCACCUGCAGCACCUGGCAACCAGUCCCUGCCACCUGUAGCAUCUGGCAACUAUUCCCUGCCACCUGUAGCACCUGGCAACCAGGCCCUGCCACCUGCAGCACUUGGUAACCAGGCCCUACCACCUGCAACACCUGGUAACCAUGCCCUACCACCUGCAGCACCUGGCAACCAGUCCCUGCCGCCUGCUUCAGGUGCAGCAAGAACAGUUCCCUUCCAGGGUAACUUGAGGUCAACUCUUCCCACAUCUCCUGCUUCCCCUAGGAGGAUGGCCCCCACCCCCCUGGAGAAGGCAUACCAGGACAACCAGAAGCUCAUGGCUGCCUAUCAGGCCCGCAUGGCCAGGCUGCGUGGGCGCAGGGACAAGGGACAACUGAACCUUUCCCUACAGAGAAGGAUGAUUGAGAACAUGGCCAUUGCUAGAGCAAAGCAAGAAGCGCUAAAGAAGAAAAUGGAGGAGAGACACAGACAAUACCAGGAGGAAGCUGUGAGGCAGUUUAUUUCAGUGGAUGGCCUCCCCCUACCAGAGAACCAGUGUCAGGAGCUGUAUGCCCAGAUUAAGGAGUUUGAGGAUCAGGAGCUGUGGCUAAAGGCCUGGAGGGCCAAACUUGCAGAACAUCCCAGCGACUCAAAGCUUAUUGAAGAGUUGGUUAAGCAGGUUCUACGGUGUCAGGAACAUCCCAUCACUAAAAAGAUGCAGCAGUUCCAGUUGAAACUCUACGACAGACUGAACCCUCUCGUAGUGAAACUUCAGCAAGAGCCGGAGAAAGUCACCGUUCCCUACAUAGAAGACCUGUCUGACUUAGAACACUGUGGAGCAAGAUCGACAGAGCAGGUAUCACCAAGUCAAGAGGACAAGGAAUCCUCUAUCACUGAAAACAAAUCUGACUCAGAUGAAGGGCUUGUACAAUCACAAAUUGAUAUGUCUGGAGACCAAAUUGUAGAUGUUUCAUCAGCAGGGGAUCAAACUUCACUGGAUGAACAAAAUCCUUUGGAUGAAUCUUUGGAGAAAACGGUUGAUGAAACGGCUACAGAAAAUACAGGGGAUUUUUCAGACACUGUGAGAGCAGUUAGAGACGAUGUAAAAAGUGCAAUCGACAAGGGAGAAGAGCUAGUGAAUAAACUAAAGGCAGAGUCAAAAGCUAGCAGAAGGGAUUCUGAGAAUACAUUAGCAUAUUUACAAAACAACAUGGACGACAUGUUUGAAGACUUGACUGAGGAGUGUGCAGAGGAACCCGGGAAUGAGACUGGUAAUAACAACCAAUCACAAGCGGAGACUGGGACAGAGAAGCAGGAAGAGGAGGAGCAGGAGAUUUUGAAGAUGACAGAGGAUGCUGUGCAGAAACAUCUCGUACAAGUUGUAAAGGAUAUCAGGGAGUUUAUGGACCACCUGUUGGCCAUGUUGAUUGUUGGGUACCGUGAGCUGAACAGUGUUGCCGGGCGGGACCAGUGCCUAGCAACCAUGGAAGAACCAUUCUUCACACCUAUCUGGUCUUGCGUUGGAGCUCUAUUCAGGUACAACAUCUGGUCCACCAAGUUUUUUAAGCAUCACUUCCCUUGUAGGCAAGCGGACCACAAGAAAGAGGUUGUGUUAGCGAGAGCGAUGACCCGGUACAACCACGCCUUACCCGAGGAGUUGGGGGUACCUGAGAGGCUGUGUGCCCCAGGGGUGGGGGGGACAGUGCUGUACAAACCUGCUGUCAACGAGCUCAGGAAUGUGACGUCUUGUAACAAUCCUGUCAGCAAACUGGAGUGCAUCGUCCGAACAUGUCGAGCGGUUUGUGAGUGUGCGGACACCUCAGCAGGAGAGGCUCAGAAGACUGCAGCUUCAAUUGGUGCUGACGACCUGCUCCCCCUGCUGAGUUAUGUUAUAUUGCAGAGUGAACUGCCACAGCUGAUGUCAGAGUGUCACUGCAUGGAGGUGUUCAUCAGAGAAGGGUUUCUCCUUGGCGAGGAAGGAUACUGUCUCACUACACUACAGACCGCACUUGACUACGUGGCAUCACUGGCAAAAUCAUAGAAUGGUGCACUUCUCAAAAGGGCUUGUAAAUAUGAAUUGUGAUAUUAAUUUCAGAAUAUUUCUUUGGUUGUCAUUUUGCCAUCUCAA